AUGGAUAGAGGUGAUGAAUGCCAACAACAGCAACAGGCCACUGCUGCAAGCCUCUCGGCAGCAGCCGUGCGGUCUUUCCUCAUUGGGAAGAUACUUUUGAUCCCAAGACUGAAAAAGCUCAAGGCCGCACGCACGUUCCAGCCCCAAGACCAUGCCAGUGAAGUGAGCCAUCGCGCACUUCGAUUUGGUCGGAUGCCCUCCAACGCCUUAAAUUAUGGUGGAAUGUAUGGGUCAGGAGUCCUCUUGUUUGAGGGUCACUCAUGGGCUCUCCGGAAGCUACAAGCUGCAGAAGCUGAUGUAGACACGGCCCCAGCCGAGCAAUCCGCAUUGGCAGGAUCAUUUGGAGGGUUCUUGUAUGCUAUUACCGCCACUCCCGUGGUGUCGCUCCUGCGAAUGCCGCCAUAUGCCGAUCAGUCCCUCCUGGAAUGGUCCAAAAUUGCAAUCCUCAAACCACUACAAUACACCAUUCCCAGAGACUGUGGUGGCUUUGCCCUCUACUUUGGCACCUACACAUUUUUACGCACAAAAUUCAAUGAGGAUCAAUCUUCAGCAGAUGAUUUCAAACACUUUUGCACAACAUUGGAAACUAAGGACAAAUAUCUACGUGCCCAUGAUGAUCUUGCCAUGGAUGUCCUGGCCAAUAUUGGCACGGCAAUGGUGUCAGGGUCCGGGGCGGGAGUCUCCACAUAUCUUUGGCGCAGCCCGUGGGAUACGUUGUACAAGCGAAGCAUGGGAUGGCGCCCUGCAGAUGCUCCACUAUUUUCCAGUGCAAGGUUCCUGACAUCGCCUCGAGGGAUCACGGCGGUCGCCAUCUCAGGAACAACUUGGGCUGUCUAUGAAGCUGCCAUUCUCGCCGUCACGUUUCUAGAAAAGAAGGGGUAUCUACAAUGA